GUCAGUUUGUUUGACAAGCAGAUGGAUCCAAACCCCGCCCAUUUUGUGACGCAAUGACUGCCCAUCUUGGCUAUGAUUGGCUGCUGACCAAGCUUGACAUUGCGAAAGAAACCUGAAACCUUCCACAAGAUGUGUUUUGAAAGAUCUGGGAAUCCUCCCUAAUGCUUAUUUGUCCACGUGUGUUCGAACGAGAGAGGAACUUUCACUGCUGGAAUUAAAAAGGAAAGGAGGUAAAGACGAAUAAAUGGAGAACAUCGACUUAUCUGCGGAGAGAACCAUCCUCUGCCUAUUUGACGUGGAUGGCACUCUGACUCCACCAAGAGAGAAAAUAGACCCGGAGCUGGACGCGUUCUUCCAAAAGCUGCGAAAGAAAGUCAAGACCGGUAUCGUCGGAGGCUCCGAUUAUUCCAAGAUAGCGGAACAACUGGGGGAAGGAGAUGAUGUCAUACACAAGUUUGACUAUGUAUUUGCGGAGAACGGCACCGUGCAGUACAAGGACGGGAAACUCCGUUCUAAACAUGCAAUCCAAAACCAUAUUGGGGAGGAGCUGCUGCAGGACCUAAUUAACUUCUGCUUAAACUACAUGGGGCUGAUCAAACUUCCAAAAAAGAGGGGAACGUUUAUCGAGUUCAGGAAUGGAAUGCUCAACAUUUCACCCAUCGGUCGGAGCUGCACUUUGGAGGAGAGAAUAGAAUUUUCUGAAAUUGAUAAGAGAGAAAAGAUCAGGGAGAAAUUUGUUGCUGCCCUGAAGGAGGAAUUUGCUGGAAAAGGACUGCGGUUCACUCGAGGUGGUCUCAUCAGCUUUGACGUGUUUCCCGAAGGCUGGGACAAAAGGUUAUGCCUCGAUCUGCUGGAGAGCGACGGCCUGGAUGCCAUUUACUUUUUUGGCAAUGAGACUUCAGCUGGCGGAAACGAUUACGAGAUCUUCAAUGACCCGCGUACCAUCGGCUUCACAGUGUACUCCCCGCAAGAUACUGCCAGACUGUGUCAGCAACUGUUCUUUGAUGAGCAAUCGCAUGAAUCCUGAUGCUGAAGAUUCAAUCAGGUUGGCUGCAAACUAUUGAAGAUGUUUAACUACUGAUUGUAUGUAUAUUAGUUGCCUAAUAUGAUUGUUGUUGGGAAAAAAAGCAUGACUCACAAAAAGUUACAGAUGAAGUAGCAUUGCUGUAGCAUGGCAUUUUUAAAACCUGUUUUAAUACAAAAGAGUAGCAUUGUAAUUAAGUGGUUACCAUAUUUGCCAUGCAUUUCUGAGGUUGGGAGGGUUUGAAUUGUUUUUACUCCUCCAUGAUGCAAAAAAUUCCAGGUUUGUUCAUGUUUCUGAGCUCAAUUUUACUGAUUAUUGCUUUUAUCCAGUUUAUAUAAACUAAAACAGAAAAUGCUAAAUCUGAAAUUACUGUGAAUAUAAGCUUCUUUGAUUAGGUCACUAUGUAACCGAAAUAUAAGUAUUUUUAAAGGCUUUUUCAUGUACCGCAAGCUUUUCAGUCAGUCAUACAUGGGGUUACUGUCAUUUUUGACUGACGGAAAAAAAUUUCUACUGUCCAGAAUACUGAAUACGUACUGUAUUUUUGUUCUUUGUAAGUUUAUUUGAGGAGUAGGUGACCUGCACUGUAUCAGUCAUUUAACUGGUUUUCUGCAUUAUUUCAUUAACUUGUUGGCUGUCUAUGGCAGGUAAUGAGUUCAAUACAUGAACUAAUAAAUGGAGAUAAAUUCACCUAGUCCGCUGUUGGCCCUAUAUGUAAAAAUGUAGCAUCGGCACCAGACAAUUUGAUGGAACUGCU